ACUGCCCGGACACCUUAAAAUGACUCACCCAAAAAACUGAGAUAAAUGAGACAACAGAGCAUGUUGAUUGUUUUCUGUCACAAACAGAAAAGUUUCACACUGUGGUGUGAACCGGAAUCAUGAUUUAGGAUGCUGUUUUCAUGCAGACCUUCAGCACAUCCACAUUCAGCACUGUAGUCUGACCCGCUGUAGUCAGCAGCAGUUUUUGUGGUUUCUACUGCAUUAAAAAAGCAACUGAUGUAAAGGAAGUCUUACUAAUUGCAGCACCACAAAUGCUGCUGUUUCUGUGCAGCUCAACCUCAGAUCAGAUUCUGCAGAUUUUGAGACCAACCUGUGUAUGUUCACAUUUGAACUUGAUGCAUUUCAGUGAAGCAGAAACAACUAUCGUUUUCUGAGGUUCAGCUCUGUUGGAUGGAACAUAGUUGACCCAGAAGAACCAAGAACGACCUUCAAUUCCCAAGCUCUGUUGGAUAAAACGUGGCUGACCCAGAGGAAUCAGUGAUGACCUCCAACAAGUCCACCAACCAGACGCUCUGUGAUCCUGUCAGCACAUCAUCUCUCCCCGCCUUUAUAUUCCUCUACAGUCUGGUGUUUCUGGUGGGUUCGAUCCUCAACAGCUUCACCUUGUGGUUCCAGUUCUGCAGAGCUCAAAAAAACAUCUCUAAGAGCUGGAUGAUCUACCUGAAAAACCUGAUAGCGACUGACUUCCUGCUCUGCCUCACACUGCCCCUCCGCAUCGCUGACUACGCAGACAAGUCUGUCACUGUUCACCUGUUCUACUGCACCUUUGGAGCCCCCAUCUUCUAUCUCAACAUGUACACCAGUAUCCUCCUUAUGGGCUACAUCGCCGCCAGCAGGUACAUGAAGAUCUUUCAUCCUUUGAGGACUUCCUUCUUGAUGACUGCACGAGCUGCACGCAGCAUCUCAGUGACCACGUGGGUUUUCUUCCUGGUUCCACUACCUGUAUACAUCAUCUUGAUGCUGGGCACCAAAAGAACUUCUCCUCCUGCCAGAACAUGUGAUGUUCUCCUCAGUGAACCAGCCCAACAGCUCUACAUAUUUAUUCAUGCUGCUGCUUUCGUCGUCUUCCUGUCAGUGCUCUUCUCGCUGGUCUUCUUCUACUACAGCAUAUCCCGCAGGGUGUUGCAGAUUCAGCAGAGGCGUCUGGGCUCCUUCAACUCCAAGAAGCUUGUGACGUCUCGCAGGAAUGUGUUGGUGUUGGUCAGUGUCUUCUGCAUUUGCUUCGUUCCUUAUCACGUGGUUCGACUUCUGUACGUCAUACUUCGAGGACAAUGUUCAGUGGUGUUGUACUACCUGAAGGAGGUGACCAUCUUAAUAUCAGUUUUCAAUAUCUGUCUGGAUCCUCUUAUUUAUGUUUUUCUUUGUAAGGACUUCAGGGCUCAGCUGAACCUGCAGCAGAUGUUCUCCACUACAAAAGACUCAAGUCUCUCAGUCUCAGAGGCUGAGGACAGAUCAGACAACCAACCGACCCAGCAGUGAUGACGUGGUUUCUGCUCGCUCUGUUGAAUUUCAUCAUUAAUUAAAAGGCCGUGUUCAAAGAAAAAGCAGUGGAGUUCAGACGGCUUAUUUAAGGCUGAGAGCAGAUAAUGUUGUCCAUGCAGGUCGUAGCGCUUCCUUACUGAGAAUCCAAAUGGGUCGUUCCAGAACGGGGUUAGAAAACAGCAAACUUUCAUUAAAAGCUGACUGAAGAGGGAGAAACAUAUAAAGAUUCAGCUCCAGGGUCACCAGAGAAGGACUACAACAAUUGUCUGCAGCCCUGGUCCUCAGAGCCCAGGUGUCUCUGGUCCAGGACAACUGAUUCAAAUGACUGCAUUAAAUACUUGUAGAACGCCCUCUCGAACAAGGAUGAGACUUUACUGAUGGUUUUAUGAGAUUUUAUUCCUUUUAAAUCUUGUUCCAUUCUGUGAAUCACUGAGCUGCAACACAUAUAAAUAUAUGUAACUAAGUUUGCAUCAUUCCAGUCUUCAGUUUAUGCAAACAUAUCAACAGACAAAUACUCUUGAAUUUUAAAUGCUUAAAUCAAUGGACCUUUGGCCUCUCCGGAGGGCUGCCAGUAUAAAAUAAUGUUCACCGUGGCUCCGUGUGAAACUUAUGCCGUACUUGUGGAAAACAUGCCACCUUCUGUACAACUGCGUUAGACAGGAAGUAAGUUCAAAAUAAAAGCAUGCAGCUCAAAAACAGGAAGUCAACGACCUCAUUCAGAAACUUCAAACAAAAAUGGAACACUUUCUAAUUUGCUGUCCCAAAAUAAGCUUAUGGUUAUUUCCACUACUCAUAUACCAUCAAGUGCUACAGAAGCAUGUUAAUCACCCAUUCAUUUAAGUCAGGUGUGCUGCAAAAGAGAAACACUUAAAGCAUGCAGGAAAGUGGUCCCUGAGGACCAGGUUUGGGGCCUCUCUGGUCUACAGUUAUCUAUGAAUUUUGCAUUCUCCAUUCACUGGCAUAAAGACAAACAGAAAAACAUUUCAUGGACUGAUGAAAGCAGGAUUGUUGACAUGAAUAUUUUUGUAAUUUAUGGUUCUGUUUUCCCAUUGGUUUAUUGUACGUCACGUGACAUGUCUAAAUGAAUGCACCUGUGUGAAAUAAAUGUGUGUGUGCUCCUUAAACAAUGGGAGAAAUACCACGGAGCCGA